CAGAGUUUGUAAGGGAUUUUUGUUGCGGCAGAAAGCGGGUAUGGCGCGAGGGCUAAUCCUAUCUUCGCCAACACUCACUGCAACAACUUGGCUCUUAGCUCCAUUCUCCAAAACCCCACCAAAAAGUUUCAAUUUUUCAUUUGCUUUUAAACUUGUGCACCAUCACUCUCAUCUUCCAUUGCCCUGCGUCUCUUCUUCCCCUUCCCAAUGUUCAAUCGACAUCUCCAAAUACACAGAAACAUUUUCCAGGCGAAUGGCCAUGGCUGGACUCAAACCCCAUCACCGGAUUGCUUUGGGAGUCUCUGGUGGCCCUGACAGUGUGGCACUCUGUGUGUUAACUGCUGGAUGGAAAACUGCUGGUGCCAAUGCUGUCACCACUGAAAAUGGCGGUUUCAUAGAUGGGCUACUGGCAAUAAUUGUUGAUCAUGGACUGCGUGCAGAGAGCAAAGAGGAGGCCAACAUUGUUUCUCACCGAGUUUCGAAAAUGGGAAUCAGAUGUGAGAUUGCCUGCUGUGAUUGGCCGAAUGGCAGGCCAAAACAGGGUCAGUUGCAGGAAGCUGCCCGUGAAAUGAGGUACCAAAUCUUUCAAGAAGUAUGUGCCCAACACCAGAUUGGGGUAUUGCUUAUUGCACAUCAUGCUGAUGAUCAGGCUGAAUUAUUUAUUUUAAGGCUUUCUCGAAAUAGUGGUGUGCUUGGACUUGCAGGCAUGCCUUUCACCUCUCAGAUUUUCCCUACAUAUAUGCAUUCCAACCGCAAAAUUCAAGCAAACCAGGGAAUCCUUCUUGUGCGGCCUCUUUUGGAAUUUUCAAAGGAAGAUAUGUACAAGAUAUGCCUAGGAAGUAGUGAGGAUUGGGUAGAAGACCCAACAAAUCAAAGCCAAUUAUAUACACGUAAUAGGAUACGAAUGGUGCUGAAUAAAAUGUCAUCUUCUAUAUUCAAGUUUGAGCUCCAAGCAUUAAUUUCUGCAUGUCGAAUGACACGAACAUAUGUUGAUCAAAUUGGCUAUAGCUUGAUACGUGAUGCUGUGGUUGUCAAGGAUCAUGGAUAUGCUGUUAUUGAUUUACAGAUUCUUUGUCCUUCAAAAAUUGAGGACAUAUGCUUGAUGAAGUUUCUUUCCAUGGUCUUGCAGUUUGUAUCACAAAGGCAAAGGCAAAUCAGAGGUAGUGCUUUAAAAUUGCUAAUGGACUAUAUUCGUAUUUUUCCGUGCAAGAGCUCUAUAACAGCAGCAGGUUGUUACCUUUGUCCAGAUCCUGGUUCUAGAGGCUCCAAAGUCUUGGUCUGCUGCUGUAAUGAUGACUGUGGUUUGCCUUUGAAGAUGGAAUUUUUUGAGUCGCACCCUUAUGGACAACAAGGGAAUUUUGUUGCCAAUGAGUUAGAAAAUAGUAUAGAGGAUGAGAACUCAUACGCAAAUCACUUGGUUCCAAAUGCAACAGAUGUCCAUUUUUUGGAUGUGAAUCCUGAGUUAGUUUUGACUGAAGCCAAAAGGCUAAACAUAAUUGGUGAAUCAACUUACAAUAGCAUCCUUGUAUUGCAAAAGCAAGAAAACACUCACUUCAGGUCUAAAACCGAGGCCAUUUCUGACUCUGGUUCAAAGCAUGGAGUUGAAUUUGUUACGCCUGUUGGCAAAUCACUUCAGCCAGGACAGUUCUGUUACUUCAUGGAUAGAUUCAUCCUCACGUGGAAGUUGAACAAUAAAAUUGAUAAUGAUGUAGUUUCUGAUUUAGUUGAUUACAACAUGGAUUUCAGCGAGAAAGACUGGAGCUUUUGUUGCACAUCUUGUGUAGCUGAUCAUAAUAAAGCACCUGAGUUGCGGCACAUGGUUGAAUCUGAUUGGCUGUAUCUCACCGAGUUAUCAAAAUAUCCUCUUUCCAAAAAUUUCCUUCAAUGUGAGGUUAAAUCAGUGAAUGGAACCAAGCAGAUAAUGGACAGAACAACUCCAUGUUUGCACUAUGCCAGUGUAUCAGCAAAACAAGCUCUGCGCUUGUUAAAAUCUAUCCCAGGUCGCGCAAGGAGAAGCCUGCCUGUUCUGAUCAAUCAUCACGGGCAAUUACUAAGCAUUCCAAGUGUUCAUUUCAAGCACUGCCCCUUCUUGAUGGUGCAUGUGGAAUUUAAGCCAAAAAUACCGCUUGGGGGAGGUCAUACCUCAUUCUUAUAACCAAAUAGUGACACGAGACUAAAGAUCAUGACUGCAAUUUGCGAGAAUGUUUUCGUUGUUGAAAAAUGAGAGAAGUUGUAAUCAUCCCUGACUCCAGCAAAUUUCAAGUCAACCAAAAGGGACACAUCAAAAUGGAAUGAUAUGCUAGCUGUGGCCACCCAACAACCACAAUCUGCUUCUCUUACCAAACAAAGUUCAACUUCCUAUUCCGACUCUCGCACAGAUUGACUCGGAAGGGUGCUAGAUCUUAGGCCAAUGGAUAUGAAAAUGUGCAAAGAUUACAUCAUUAAUAAUAGGGUAUAGAAUUUGCAAAAGUAAUCAAACAACAUAUGUAAAAAGUCUACUCAAAUACAAGUUUAGAAGAGGUUUGGAGACUAUUUACCAAAAAUUAGAGUUUUUUGGUUAGAGGCUCUUCCGUGACCUAGUUGGAGGUUUCUCUUAAGGAAUGUAAGUUUUAUAAGACAGUUAACAAGUUUUAUAACGAAUGCAUGUUCACUUUUUGGUUGUGAACUCCUUAUCUAUAACUAAGCUCUAUUACACGGUCAAAUUCAUGUAGAUAGACGUGGAAGCUUAAGAAAGUUCACACUUCUAAUAUUUAUGGACUCAAUAAUUGCUUAUAGCUCGAGAAUGAUGAGGAGAUUGAAUAGGUAUUUGAUUAUUAACCAUCUA